AUGGAUGCAUUACCAUUGACUCAAGCAAGGUCUGUAUCGGAUGCAUCAGACAUCCCUACAGUUGAAGACACGGCCAGCGUCGUCACCAAUGCAGCCGUGGAGACCGACAGUAUAGCCAGUGUAAGGGACAGUAGUGUAUCAUCCGAGACGGAGGAGCAUGAUGCGGACCAUCUGGGAGUUGACGGAGUAUCGUCUCUCGAUUCGACCGCGAAACCGACGGAGAGCGGCGAACUGGAUAAACCUCUUGAAGAAGAAAGCAGCGAGCGUAACCGGAGUGAAUCCUCGGAUGUGGCAAUGUGCCGCAUAUGUGGACAAGGGGCCGAGGAGGGCCCUCUCUACCAUCCAUGUCGGUGCUCGGGUAGCAUAGCCUACGUACAUGAACAGUGUCUUAGGCGAUGGCUAGCAAUGCGACGUACGGGACGGACUGAUGAUGAUAAUGACGGUACUUUCAUUUUGGAGGAUCAGCGUUGCGAGCUAUGCGGACAUAAGUUCUCCUUCCGAGUGGUGUACGCUCCCAAUGCGCCACAUCGUCUGCCUAUGAAGUAUCUCUUCACCGAGACUUGGAAGUUGAUAUUUUCUAUUGUCAAGAAGUGCCUUCGUCCUCUCUAUGCGUUUACAAUAUGGCUGGUACUACUGCCGUUGGUGUCGAUGACCGUACUGGUAGACGUUUUUGGUGUUAUCGAUGGCUUUCCGGAUCGUCUUCAAAUAUAUGGCUUCGUCCUUGGCCCGAGCUCCUCCAGCGACAGUCGGGUACCAUGGUUAGCCUUGGUGUUCAGACGGCCGAUGUUGGGGGUGUUGUGCGGAGGGAUAGUCGUUUCUAUAUGCGGUUUUGGACUGCUGCAAUUGUGGCUGCAUACGCGGAUAGCAGCCGUCCCAAUGGUGGUGCCUACGGAACCCGGCGAUGAGCGUCCUAGGGUCAUAGAGAGGAGGAGGAGGAGACCAGCAACACCGACAGGAGGAGCAGGAGAGAAUGCUCACGAGGUUGAGGUGGAUAACAACGAUGAUGAAGAUCAUCAUGACGUUGGUACGGCUACUACGACAGUAGAUGGCAGCGGCACUGCUGAGGAAGCGGAGAUUGAAGUCAGGCUUGAGAACCUAAUCGGUUUGGAAGGCAGCUUGGGACCAUCGAUUUCAACGUGGUUUGUGAUGCUCUACGCCAAUACUAUAGCCAUGCUCGCUCUGGUAGUCUUACCGUACUAUAUAGGCAUGGACAACAUCGAGAACUUGGCACAGUGCCCUCUGGCCCCUACACUGCUGCAACCAACUAUACCGGAGGACCCCUAUCUAGUAUUCAUACAGCGUAUGCAGCAACAUGUGGAGACGGCUAGCCAGCAAAUGUAUCCCCGCCCGUUAGUUGACGACUUCCCAUGGGACCUCAUCUGCCUUUCUCUCGGUGGUCUCCUCUGCACCCAAGUAGCGGCUAUAUAUCAUCUCUGGUCGACGCGGGGUGGCAUGAGCUUGUUCGGGAAAGUUCUGUCGGUACUGGCGACUGCGUUAAAGUAUUGUGUUGUGAUUAUCACCGGUGGUUUCCUCCCAUCGUUGAUGAUCGGCUGCGUAGUACUCCUCGCUCUUGAGUCGGCGGGUACGCACCCCUUCCAACCGACCAAUGAACGUAGUCUGAUGUCCCUAGCUCUAAGCCAGCUCCCAGUAGCUGUUGGCACCAUAUUAGUUAUGCUCAUCGGCCAUCUGGUGAUAUCGAUCACUCAGGCGGCCGAACAAGGGGUCUUGUCGUGUCUCAAACCCCAGGCUAAGGAGGCGAUGAGAGAGUCUCCGGCGAUGAUUGCGUGUUUUGGCCAUAUCAUUGGCCGACCAGAGGGAGAAGCACAAGGCGGCGACCAGAGGCUUGUUCGGAAUAAGGGGAUAGUGCCAGCCUUGUACUAUUCCCUGCUUUAUAUCGUCUAUAAACUAGCACUGGUUUUCGUCUGUGUACUGCCGGCCUUAGCUCUACAGCAUCGGUAUCUACCACUGCAAACUCGCUUAGUCGUGACGGAGAAUUCUCAAGCGCACGCUGAGGCAGCGAUAUCCACAAUGGCGACUUCUGGUAUGCAGGCAAAGAUACGUUUGCGCACAGGGAAGAAUCUUGGCACUCCUAUCUCAGGCUCUUUGGACUACCUUUUCGUACCAGUGGAGUUCCUAUGUGGUCACGUCCUCUUCCCAUUGGUCGUUCGGAAGCCUCCAAUGCCACCACUGCUCGCCUCCUUCGGCCGAACAGUUGUCAAGUGCCUCGGACUCAGUUCGCCAUUUCUAGACUCGGCAGCCCCCGUUAUAGUAGAAUGGACCCUACCACUCGUCCUCCGACUCCUCUCUCUGUUAUCUCUAGCAGCUGCUAUCACCAUGUUGACCAUCACUACGAUGCCAUUGAUUGUCGGAAGAAGAGCGUGUCGGCUACUACUCCCUGCAUCGGUGUUGCAAUAUGUCGACGACCUUCAAGCGGUUCCUAUGGGGGUCGUCUUGACCUUGCUGGGAGGCCAGGUGAUCCUUCGGCUCAUGACAGCGAUGUCGAGAGUUCCAACAGCUGUGCGCUCCUUCUUUGGACGAAUCUCGAAUAACCAACAUUUAAUACGCUCUUUUGUCCGGAAUACCCGAAAGUUUCUGCUCAACCUCGUGUCCUUACUAGCAGCUACAGUUUUCAUCUUCGUCGUGGCACCUCUCUCACUUGGUCUCUUGCUCUACUGUGUACUCGUACUGCCUAACUCGACAUCGGAUGUUGUUAAUACCGCCAGUGCUCCAACGAAGUUGUUCAUUUUCCCAUGCUGGGUAGCAGGACUAGUUGCCAUGAAAGUCUGGAUACUGAUGAUCGCCACUCGAGCUGAUGUCGCCUGGACCAUGUAUGACAGCCAUGGUGUUUUCUACCCGCCCCUCCACCGGGAGGUCUGUGUGAACCUUCUCUGGCCUUCUGUUAGAAUUUGGUUGUUUCACACGACAGUGCCGUCGACAGUGGCUAAGCUCGCGACAGUGUAUUUACUAUCAAGUUUUGAUUCUGUAGAGUAUAUUUGUGUAUUCAUGUCUCGGUAUUCGGUAUUACUCAGUGUCAUUGUUGAUGUAUGUAUCAGGAGUAUUAUGCCAACGUUAGUAAAGAGAGUCACUGAUUACCAUAGACGAAUGUUUGAUAAGAGGUAUCUUGUUUCGACUGAGUUGGAGAAUUUCGACGAUUCAAUAACUACUACCAUUGAGAAUAAUGACGAGGAAUCGACUAGGUGAAGGCAUCCUUCUGCAGUGUUUUUACCAUCUUUAUCAGAAGCAUAUACACUAGAAGCACUCGA